CGGUGUCAGAGAGACAUCACUGCUGGAUGAUCCCACCACGACAGGUGAUUGAGAAUCAACAACAGGAGGGCAGUGACUUCAUCAAACCGAGGAAGCUUCCAAAUCCCAUCCUGGCUUCUCCCCAACACAGAGACCUUCACCGGGAGCUGCUAUUCUGCUACAGACGAGGUCUACUGCCCAGAAUAAAGCCAGAGCUGCAGUGUGUGCUGGAACACAAACAGAGGGAGCAGCACAAGCAAAGGGAGCUGGCCCUCUGUCCUCCCUCUGACUUGGAGGUGAAGCUACACAUGAGGCAGCAGAAAAUACAAGUCUACGAGGAGGAGGAGAAGAAGAGGAGUGAGAGCCUGCAGAAUAUACCAGAGUUUGUUCGCGUGAGAGGAUCCCUGAGACGCACUCAAACCUUUUCCUCAUGACGACCAGCGCAAAAGAAACAAAUUGCUAACGGAAAAGU